UAAAAACGAGCAUUCUUUGUUUAUGUUUCGACGAAUUUGACUUUUUUGCAUUAUCACAUUUGGUAAAUGUAUGCACAUAAUAUACAUGGUAAAAUAAUUACCAUACUCAUUUAAAUUUGGUUCCAAUCUCUGUGGAUUCCAUUUGACGUAUUAUUUUUCAACAUCAGUUUCGUAAUUCUACUCUGGCAAUGCUAAGUUUUUGGCAGAACAAAAAAGAACCCAAAAAGUUUUCAUCAGUUCACCGAGAUUUUCACUUUCUGGUGUAUUUAAUUUCUGUUGACCAUUUGCGCUUUAUAGUUACUCAAGGGCAAAAUCCAAGUCAAAAGCAUCAAAAUAUUGUCAGUGAUUACCAAAAAAGGAUGAAAAUCGAAUCUUUUGACGAGUAGGCGCAAAAAUAGCUGGAAGUGUGUGGAAGCACCGAAUCAACGACGGAAUCCGUCUGUAUGUAAGUGUUGUGCAGCAGUUGCAAAGAGCAGUGUAGAACGGAGCGCUAGUGGAAAGAGGUAGUAAAUUUGUCCGCUGCGUUUGUGGGGGGCAAACGGUGGAUGAGUAUACAGCAGCAGCGACACCAACAGCAGUCGUCGCCAUAAAAGAAGCAGCAGAAAAAGCGCGGAGCAGUGACAAAAUUGCGUCCGAAAAAUGCGAAAGUAAAGAAAAAGUGAAAUUCCGAAAUUGGAAUUAGUAGCGACGACAGACAACGACAAACGAAAAAAGAUCGUGGAAGGAUGAUAGCAUGAACAAGGGAGAAAAAGUGAUAUAGAGUAGGAGUCAAAGACAAAAUUGCAGAAAAUGCAAAAAAUCAUUGUGGAAUGAAAAACGAAUGGAAUACCAUUGUUGAAGUUGCAAAUCGGUUACGCUAAUUAACACUUUGCUUUUUCAUUAAAUGCAAAUCUUUGCCGCGCGGCAAUUGCAUGCUACUGCUGUAGGUAAAAGGGGAGAAAAAAUACAUACAUAGGUGCUGUCAUAUAUUGUUGCGCGCUUGCUUACCACAUUCGCCCUUGCCUCGCCUACGUCACAAUCAAGUGAACGAACAACACCACUAAUUGUGCUUUCGCGCUUUAACGCAUUAUUUCUGUAGAAUUUUCAUCGCAUUUGUUGAAACGUUGCUUUGUUUGAUGAAAUUAUGUUGAAAUCGUCCUCUAAUGCACAGGAACUGCGGCUGUCCCGACCAGAGAGCACAGUACCACAAUCAACAAUUACAUCGGCAGCCGGUACCAUGGACACAUUGAAAACAUCAUUCCUACCAAAUCUAGCAAUGGACGGCGGAGUUAUUACAUCGGCUAGCUUCUGCCCGAUGUGUGGACAACAAUUUGAAAGACCUCAGCAUGCUCAAGAGCAUAUGCAAUUAUGUCAUGGUAUAUCGGCUGGCAUGAUUGGUGGCGGCGGUGUUAUUGGUGGUGGCGGUGCAAGUGUUGGUGUAGGUGGUUUGUUGUUGGGUGGUGUUCCACAACCUAAUGCACCUGUCACUGACCCCAUGAAAAUCGAGUAUCCCUGCAUGAGUUGUGAAGAGAAAUUUGGUUCAGCGCAAGAACUGGACGAACACCAUCGUAUAAUACAUCAAUCAACGGCGUUCUUAGCGCGUUGUAUGGCCUGUGGCAUUUAUGGCAUUUCAUCGGUUACGCUGCACGAAGGUGAUGAGUUUAAGUGUAUGCACUGUGGCUCUGUGAGCACAGCAUCAAAUAUGACUGCGCCACAGCAACCACCGUAUAUGGAUCAACCUGAACCUCCGCAAACGCCAGAGGAAAUGCCUUCUAUACCGCCUGAGGAAAUGAAUACUAUACCACCGGAAGAAUUGAAUUCUAGACAGAACCAACAGCAGCAGCAAAGACAACAACAGGUGCAGCAGCAACAACAGGUGCAACAACUUCAGCAACAGCAACAACAACACCAACAUCGACAACAACAGCAACAACCGGAUUUGCUUGAACGCCAGCGACAGCCACAACCUGAUUUGCUUGAUCAGCAGCAACAACAGGUGCAACAACAGCAGCAGCAGCAGCAGCAACAACAGCAACAACAACCACCGCCGCCACAGGCAAAUCAACAGCAACAGCAAUCAACUCAAUUGAAAGUACCGCCCUUAACCGUAAAAUUAAAUAAAAACAGCAAUGGCAACACCGAAGGCCAUCCACAUGUGAUAAUCAAGGAAGAACCUCUUGGCAUUAGCGAUGGCAAUGGUGAUAUAGAGCAGGCCUCAGUGCCGGUGUAUACGAUCCAGCAACCGGCUGGAGCUACCAGCGUUGUAGUUAGCACUGCAACUGCUACCGGCGGAGCAAAUGCGACCGGCACAACACCAGCAGCGGGCAGUACCACAGUAGCUACCCCAGCAGCAGGAAACAAAGUGCGUCAUAAAUGUCCAGAAUGUCCGAAAACCUUCAAAACGCCCGGCACAUUGGCAAUGCACCGCAAAAUACACACUGGCGAAGCAGACGUCACGCCCAAAGAACGUCCCUACACGUGCUCCUACUGCGGCAAGUCAUUCACCCAAUCGAACACCCUCAAACAGCACACGCGCAUUCAUACAGGUGAGAAACCCUUUAGAUGUGGAUAUUGUGGCAGGCAAUUCACUGUAAAGGACUACCUGAACAAACAUUUAACAACUCACACGGGUGAGAAACCGUUUAAUUGUAUCUACUGUGAGAAACGUUUCAGUGUCAAGGAUUACCUCACCAAGCAUAUACGCACACAUACCGGUGAAAAGCCAUACACCUGCCCCUAUUGUGACAAGCGUUUUACACAGCGCAGCGCGCUAACGGUGCACACGACAAAGUUACAUCCACUCUAGGGAAGACCGAUUGGCAAGGGUAGCCGUGGCCGUUUGUUAACAUAGUCUACGCUAAGUGAUAAGAUGGUGUCAGCGGCUGGUGACGGUAUGGCCGAGACGUUGGCGACUGCGAAGACAACAACUGUGACAGCAGCAACAGCAACAACAGCAACAACAAAUACAAAUCAUACAACUGCAACAAUCAAUUUAUCAAUUAAUCAGCUACAACAACAAGAACCACCAUCACAAUUACAACAACAACCGCAACAACAACAACAAUCAGAGGACGUAACAACAAACAAAGAACUCGACUUUGUACUGCAUUCGAUCGGCCUGUAGCGUUAAACAUGUUCCAGGCAUUGCAGUAGGCCACGGCAGCAGUUGAUAAUGAAAUGUGCGCGCUAUAGGAAAUGCAACAAAAACAAAACGAUAAAACAAAGCAGAAAACGCCAAGAAAUCUAUAUAGAAUUGUAGAAAGUUAGAAAAAGAAAUGAUUACGCCAAGAAAAAAACAAUAGAUUUGGCGACGUUGCUAAAAUAAAAAGACGGAAACGCAAAUUCAAGCAACAAUAUACAACAACCACAAUCAGCUGUAACUAAGUAAAAGCGUAUGCCGGUUAAUUAUGUAUAAUGAUGUAAGUGUGAAAUACCAAAAUGACAAAAAAUCAAAUGCAAAUGAGGACAUGUAAACAAGAACAAGCAGAGUUAAAAAACAAAAAAAAAACAAAAAUUAUUUAAUAUACAUAUAUACAUAUAAUCUAUUAGUGCUAAAGUUUAGUGAAAAUGUGGGACUACCACCGUCUAAUUGUACGAGUAGUUUAUUAAAUGCAAAGUUCAAAUAUAUACAUACAUACAUACAUACAUAUACACAUAUAUUUGAACUUUUUAACAUAAAACUAACCUAAAUAUAAUGAUAAAUUUAAUGCUUAAUGUUUCAGGUUUUUAUUUUUAAUUUUUGUAAUUUAUAAAAAAGCAAAGUCUUACAUAUACAUACAUACUUAUAAAACUGAACAUUUUUAUAAUGCAUUAUUGCUUGUUUCGUUACCGAGCUGUGUUGAUAUCCACUUAAAUUUGUCACUUUUUGUAUUGUGCAUUGCUUGUUUUUUUAUUGUAUAUUUUUUGUGAUUUUUAUAAGCAUUUUAUAUAUGUGCUUUUUGAAAAAAUUUUAAACAUACAUAUAUAUAUUUAAACAAAAAUAUGCUUGCUUGUAAAACGAAUAACCGAUUUCAAUAAACAAUUUUAAAAUUAUCAGCUGCCUAAAUAAUGAAAUAAAUGCAGUUUUCUAAAGAAUUGCUGUUAUUUUAAAUUUCAGUACUUUUAUAAAUAUUAAAAUUAAUUUUAUAAAUAUUAAAUUUGAUUUUAUAAAUAUUUAAUUAAAUUAUUUGUAUUAAAUUAAAUUUUGUAAAUAUAAAAUUUAUAAAAAUUGAUUUUAUAGUUAUUACUUUUGGUUUAAAUAUAAAUAAAAUUAAUUUUAAAAAAUUUAUAUUAUAAAAUUUAUAAUAUUUUUUUUUAAUUUAUAAAACUUUUAUAAAAUUUUUUUUUAAUUUUUAAAAUUUUAGAAGUUUUAUAACUUACAAAUUUUUUUUUUAUAAAUUUUAUAGGUAUUAAAUUGAAUUGUAUAAAUAUUUUGGUAAAACCAAUUUUAUAAACAUUAAAAUUGUUUUGUUAAGCUGGUUGCAAGUUUUAGUUUUUUUUGUUUUAACAAAACUUGCGUUUUUCUAAAAAAAAUCAUAUAUAUUUUAAAAUUUUAGCUCUACCUUAACGCACAAAAAUUUUACAAACUAAGAGUAACAUUGCAUAAUUGUGUAAAUAUAUUGUCUAAAAUUUAUUUAUGAACCAUUUUAGUGUUCUGAGACAUUAAAAUAUUGAAUAAUAUGUGUUUUUCGUAUAAUGUAUGUUAAAAAACUUUAUUCUGCAUUUCUCUUUUUUUUUAUAAAUUCUGUAAAUAUACAUUUUAGUUAUUUAUUGUUUUGUAAUGAAAUUAUUGUAAAAAAAUGCUGCUAAAGUAAUGUUGCGAAAAAUAUUGAAAAUGUUUAAACAUUUGUUGGUCUCGUUUAAAAUACAUUAUAAUAUUAAUUCUUUUUUUACGAACAAAAAUUUGACUUGAGCAUCAUUUUCCGCCUUGUUUAAAUUUAUUGUUUUUAUUUUUUUUUUUCAAAUUGAAAAUAUGUGCGUAUGUAUGUAUGUAUUUUUUUAUUUAACGAAUUUUUGUUGUGCUUUGUUUCGAGAAAUUAUGUUUAAAAAAUACUUGACUGGCAACGAAAUAUUUUUUUUUUAAUAUUCGUUGAACAACGAUUAAAAAAUAAAACAAAAUAGAUUGACAAAAACAGCAAAUUUCAUUUCGAACUGCUUCAACAUUUAUUCAACAUUUGUCUCUUGUUUAGCAUAUGUGCAUAAAUUUGCUCAACAUUUUUUGUAUAACUCUUAUAACUUAAGUGAUUUUUGCAAAUUGAAUUACUUAAAUAUAUUUUUUAUGCGCAUUGACUGUAAUGAUACAUACACACAUAUAUACAUAUGUCACAUAUGUAUAUAAAUGCAUGUAAGAUUUAUUUUAUUUUAAUUCCUUUUCCAACAACAGAGCGGGAUCUCUGCUGGCUUUAAAUACUUAGCUUUUUUUUUUACUUUGCACUUUUAUAUAAUUUUUCAUUCAUUUUAAAUUUACAUAAUUUUAAAGUCAAAAGCUUUUAUAAAACGUAGUUUGAUAAAAAUUUUUUUUUUAAAUAUUGUGUUGAACAUUUUUGUCUACCAUUUUGAUAUUUGUUAUAUUCCUUGCGUAUUUUUUUUUUUAUUCAUAACUGAAUAUUUUUAAAAGUUUCUCAUUAUUUAUGAAUUUUGUUACGACAUAAUUUCUAAACACUUGUGUGUAUAUUUUUCGCAUUUUAAGUUCAUAUAAGUAGGAGGAAAGCAAUGAAUUAAGAUUAUUAUGAAAAAAAAUAAAUGCAAUUGUAACAGCUUUACACUAAACAACAAAUAAAAUAACAAAACAGCUUACGACAGCAUACUAAUCGGCGUGCUUGCGUUAUAAUUUUACGCAAUGUGCAAUAAAUGCAAAUAGCUACAUAUAUACAAUAGUAUAUAAUAUAUAUACAUACAUAAAGAAAAAACAAUAUUUGUAAUUUAGACUGUAAGUGAAAUUUUAAAUGCAACAACAAAACUAACAAGUCAAAAACAGCAACAAAAUACCCUUAAAAUACACUAAAAAUACGAUAAACACUCAUUGAAGCGCAAUGAUAAAACGAACAUAACUACUAACAUACAACAACAACAGCAACAUAUAAACAUAUACAUACAGUGUAACGGUAAAUAAAUCACAUAACAAAGAAAUAAAAGCAAAAAUUAAAAAUAAAAGUAAUAAAAACAACAAAAACAGUAGAUUGUGAAACUACAACCAACCAUUUUAUGUAAAUUUAUACACUCGUAGCACAAUGAUUGCAUAAGUUGAUACUAAAAAAAAACCAAAACUAAGCAAAAACUUAAACUCAACUAACAUUAAAAGAAAACUGCAACAUAUUAUGUAAACUAAAAUAUAUUUAUAAUGACAAAACAAAAAUAAUAACAUGUCACUUGUGGGCAGGCGAACAAAGUGCGUAAAAAUGAAGAGAAAAAAACACACACAUUUUAAACAAAAGUUUAACGAAAUUGUAAUAAAUUCAGAUUAUAUUACAUAUGUUAAGCUUACAACUACUUUAAUAUAUAAGUAAAAAAAAAAAAACAAGAAAAAAAGAAAGCUAGUUAAAGUCUAAGACUCACAUGAAAUUUGCAAAAGAAAACAACUACGAGUAAAAAGUCUUUCAAAAUCGAUUUUUAAUUAUCAAAUGUAAUGAAAUAGUAGUAGAAAGCAAUCGAUAAAAAUUAAACUUAAACAAAAACACCAAAAUCAGACUAAGAACAAACGCUUUUGUAUAACUACCUAAACCUGCACCAAUUUACUGUCAAAAAGUAAGCAUUAAAACCAAAAAAACACAAAAAAAAAAAACAAAAAAGACAAAAACAAAGAAA